CCUCCGGACGUCUUCCCACUUUGAGUGGCAGUUUCGCCUGACGACGGGGGGAAAUUUACCUCUAAUGUGCCCGGAGACAAAAGCUCAGGGCUAGAAGGAAGGCGUUUGGAUUGGGAUCUGGCUUUCUCAUGAUUUGCCAAUAGCUCUGGAGGGAAAAUAUCACAUUUAGCAUCUGGUUGUUAAGGUGCUCAAGGAACAGGCGAGGCUCUCGUGCGUCUCAGAAAUGGCCAAACGCUGGAUCUCAGACUGACGGCUAAACGGCUUCCCUGGGUUUCGCUGACGUCACCAUCGCUUCACUGAAGAUGGACACACUGGAGUCGGAGUUGACUUGCCCAAUCUGUCUGGAGCUUUUCGAGGAUCCUCUACUGCUGCCUUGCGCCCACAGCCUGUGUUUCAACUGCGCCCAUCGCAUUCUCGUGUCCCACUGCACGUCGUUCGACGAGUCCAGCAAACCGUACUCCGCCUUUCAGUGUCCCACGUGUCGCUAUGUCAUCACCCUCGACCAGCAGGGUCUAGAAGGCCUCAAGCGCAACGUCACUUUGCAGAACAUCAUCGACCGCUUCCAGAAGGCCUCUCUGAGCGGCCCGAACUCGCCAACCGAGACGCGCCGCUGCAACCCGCCGCGCAACCGCGAGCCGUUUCCCUCGGCGGUGGAUGACGGCACGGCCAUGAGUUCGCCGUGCGAGGCCGUCCAGUGCCAGUUCUGCGAGCAGGACCCGCCACAGGAGGCGGUGAAGACCUGCGUCACGUGCGAGGUUUCGUACUGCCAGGAAUGCCUGCGCGCCACUCACCCCAACAAGAAGCCCUUCACGGGACACCGGCUCACGGAGCCCGUGCCUGACUCACGACUCAGAGGACUGGCCUGUCCCGAACACGGAGAGGAGAAGGUCAACAUGUACUGCGUGACUGAUGAGCAGCUCAUCUGCUCGCUCUGUAAACUGGUCGGGCAUCACCGUGAACAUCAGGUGGCGGCGCUGGGAGAACGAUACGACAAGCUGAAGCAAAUGUUGGACUCCAACCUCAGCAAUCUGAUCAAGAGGAACAGCGAGCUGGAGAACCUGAUGGCCAAACUCAUCCAGACGUGUCAACAUGUGGAGCACAAUGCGGCUCAUCAGGAGAGCAAACUGGCAGAGGAGUGCGACACGCUCAUAAACAUCGUACAGCAGAGAAGACAAAUCAUCGGCACGAAGAUCAAAGAAGGAAAGGUGGUUCGUUUGAGAAAGCUAGCUCAGCAGAUAGCUAACUGUAAGCAGUUCGUGGAGAGAUCGUCCUCGCUCAUCGUACAGGCCGAUCAGGCUCUGAAAGAGACGGAUCACGCGCGAUUCCUGCAGACGGCGAAGAGCAUCUCCGAGCGAGUGUCGAUGGCGACGGCGACCUCACAGGUCCUGAUCCCAGAGAUCAACCUGAACGACACGUUCGAUGCGUUCGCGCUGGACUUUUCCAGAGAGAAGAAGAUGCUGGAGGGUCUGGAUUAUCUCACGGCUCCGAACGCUCCCAAUAUCCGUGAGGAGCUUUGCACGGCGUCUCACGACACCAUCUCAGUCCACUGGACAUCGGAGGAUGAAUUCAGCGUGGUUUCAUAUGAGCUCCAGUACACCAUCUCCACCGGACAGACCAACGUCGUCAGUCUGUGUAACUCGAUGGACAGCUGGAUGAUCGUGCCCAACAUUAAGCAGAAUCACUACACCGUUCACGGCCUGCAGAGCGGAACCAAGUACAUCUUCCUCGUGAAGGCCAUGAAUCAGGCCGGGAGCCGCAGCAGCCCGCCGGCUAAACUCAAGACCAACAGUCAGCCGUUUAAGCUCGACCCGAAGUCGGCUCACAGGAAGCUGAAAGUGUCACAUGACAAUCUUACGGUGGAGCGGGACGAAGUCUCGUCCAUGAAGAGCCACGCGCAGGACCGCUUCGGCGGCACGGGAAACUACGGCGUGACGGGGAACGUCUUCAUCGACAGCGGACGCCACUACUGGGAGGUUCUGAUCGGAGGAAGCACAUGGUUUGCUAUCGGCAUCGCCUACAAAUCAGCUCCCAAGCACGGGUGGGUCGGCAAGGACUCUGCCUCAUGGGUAUUGAGCCGCUGCAACACCUCGUGGGCCGUGCGCCACAACAGCAAAGAGUUCCCCAUCGAGCCGUCUCCUCACAUGCGGCGUCUGGGCGUCCUGCUCGACUACGACUCGGGCUCUCUGGCGUUUUACGACGCGGCUGGAACGCAGCACCUGUACACCUUUGACAUCGCCUUCUCGCAGCCCAUCUGUCCCGUCUUCAGCGUGUGGAACAAGUGCUUGACCGUCCUCACGGGGCUCCCCAUCCCGGACCACUUAGAGAUCAGCGACCCGCACGACUGAACGCACCUACACUACACUUGCAGCCAGGAAUAGUGCAGUCAAAAAUAACAAUUAGCUGAGUUUACUCAACCUCGGGCUAUCCAGGAUGUAGAUGAGUUUGUUUCUUUAUCACAUUUGGAGAAAUGAAGCAUUUCAUCAUGUGCUCACCAAUGGAUGUGAAUGGGUGCCGUCAGAAUGAGAGUCCAAACAGCUGAUAAAAACAUCACAAAAAUCCACAAGUAAUCCACACCACUCCACUCCAUCAAUUAACAUCAAAUUAAUUAACAACAAAUCCAUCAAGACAUUUUUAACUUCAAACCAUUGCUAAAAUACAAGUCUGUAAUCCAUAAUGUAAAAUUUUUACAGAGAGUGUGAAUGGGAUUUUAACUUUAGAAAAUGACUGUUAUUGUCACCUAAAAAUAUUUUCAUUAAUUAAAAUAAAGCUUUAAAAAAUAAAUAUUAUAUGAAGAACUUAAAAAAAAAUUAAAAAUGUUGAAUGUUGACUGAGAUAAUAAUGUGUAAUUCGAGGCACUAAAAUUAUUAAAACUAGAAUAAAAAUAAAUGCUAUAAAAUAAAAUUAAAAUAUAAAUAUUAAUAAAAUCAAAUCAAAAUUAUUAACCUUAAAUUCAAACUAAAAAAAAUGAAAAAUGCUAUCUUGUGAAAUAAAUAGGUUAAGGUAAAUUACCAAAACUAAAAAUGGAAAUAAAAAAAUUAAGAUAAAUAUUAAGCUAAUAAAAAUGACAAAAGCACAUUAGAAAAUUACUCAAAUUUAGGGGGGAGUUGAAAACUAAAAAUAUAAAAAUUAAAACAGAAAAUAUGAAAAUGAAAAAUGCUAUCUUGCCAAUUAAGUGAAAUAAAUAAGUUUAAAGUAAAUUACCAAAACUAACAAUGGAAAUAAAAAAAAAAAAAUAAAAAUAAAUAUUAAGCUAAUAAAAAAUUACAAAAUCACAUUAGAAAAUUAAUCAAAUUUAGGGGGGAAUUGAAAACUGAAAAUAUAAAAAUUAAAAAACUGAAAACAUAAAGACUUAAAAAAAACAUGAAAAAGUGAUCUGGUCUGAAUCAGGAGAGAAAUCUGCACAGAUCAAGCUCCAUUUACAAGCCAAAACAGCUAAAAACAGCUGUAAACAAAUAUGUGGCUGGAUUUCGAUGUGAGAGACAACAGAAAAUGUACUUUUUCACUAAAGGAAGUGUUAUUAUGGACUGGAAACCAGCGGGUUUAAGUUAAAAAAACAUCUUGAUAAUGGAUUUGUUUUUUUUUACAAACAUGCAGCUUUUGUCCUCUCAAUACAUUAACUGAUGGACUGGAGUGGUGUGGAUUACUUGUGGAUUAUUGUGAUGUUUUUAUCAGCUGUUUAGACUCUAAAUUCUGAUGGCACCCAUUCACAUCCAUUGAUGAGCAAGUGAUGCAAUGACACAUUUCUCCAAAUCUGAUGAAGAAACAAACUCAUCCUAAUCUUCGAUGGCCUGAGGAUGAGCACAUUUUCAGCAAAUUUUCAUUCUUGGACAAACUAUUCCUGCAGAUUUACUAGAAAAUAAACAGCGAUGCAUCUCUCCUGACCGCUUGUGAACAUCAGGCUCUAAAUAACCUGCAGAACUGGACCAAAAUUGUAAAAAACAAAGUCUAGAAUAACAUUCCUGGUUUCACUAACAGAUCAUAUACUGUACGUCUCUUCACCUACAGGUGAGGUCAAAAGUUUACAUCCCUCUUGCAGAAUGUGCAAAAUGUUAAUUAUUUUAGCAAAAUAAAAGGGAUCAUACAAAAUGCAUGUUAUUGUUUAUUUAGCACUGACCUGAAGAUAUUUCACAUAAAAGAUGUUUACAUAUAGUCCACAAGAGAAAAUAAUAGCUGAAUUAUAAAAUGACUCUGUUCAAAAGUUUACAUACACUUGAUUCUUAAUACUGUGUUGUUUGUGAAUGAUCCACAGCUGUGUGUUUUGUUUAGUGAUGGUUGUUCAUGAGUGCCUUGUUUGUCCUGAACAGUUAAACUGCCUGCUGUUCUUCAGAAAAAUCCCUCAGGUCCCACAAAUUCUUUGUUUUUUCAGCAUUUUUGUGUAUUUGAAUCCUUUCCAACAGUGACUAAAUGAUUUUGAGAUCCAUCUUUUCACACUGAGGACAACUGAGGGACUCAUAUGCAACUAUUACCGAAGGUUCAAACGCUCACUGAUGCUCCAGAAGGGAAAACCAUGCAUUAAGAGCCGGGGGGUGAAAACUUUUGAACAGAAUGAUGAUGUGUACAUUUUUUCUUAUUUUGCCUAAAUAUCAUAUUUUUUUCAUUUACUACUGUACUGCCCUUCAGAAGCUUCUUGCAUGUUUCCCAGAAGACAAAAUAAGUUAAAUUUACCCUGAUCUUCAAAUUCCAAAAGUUUUCACCCCCAGCUCUUAAUGUAUUGUAUAUCCUUCUGAAGCAUCAGUGAGCAUUUGAACCUUCUGUAAUAGAGAAGUCCCUAAGUUCUCAGUGUGAAAAGAUGGAUCUCAAAAUCAUACAGUCAU